GUCACCAUGAAUAACUUUUAGAUAAAGACCAGCUAGAUCCAACUAAUUUAGUCUUCUAUCUAGUUCCAUGAGAUGGCUCAUGAGGACCUGCACGAUCACUUCAACCGCUUCUACGAGCUGGUAAAUGGCAUCAAACUGAACGGAAUCCCGUAGGAAGCAAGGGUCAUGCACUCCAGUUCAUCUCAUGGGACGAUCUGACUACCAAGUUUGUGGUCCACUACUACCCUUUGUCCAAGACCGCCGCUCUCUAAAAGCAUAGCACUUGCUUCGAGCAGUAUGAGGAAGAGACUAUUCGGGAUGCUUGAGAGAUGUACAGAUUUCUCCUGAAGUGUCACCAUAACGACUUUGAUGACCAAUACCUUGAGGGGAACUUAUACGGAGCCAUUUCUCUGGUGGACAUCUAUCUAAUUGACUCCAUUGUCAAGAGGUUUUCUAAUAAGACCCCUCCUGAGAUGAAUCAACUGUUUGAGAACAUGGCUGCUCAAGGGUAUGACUGUGGCACUUCCUAGAGAGGAAGAGGCUCCAAAUCCAAGGGUGUCCAUACUGCAAAGUCUGGGUCGACUUUAGAGGCGCAGGUUGGAGAGCUUGUACAAGCUUUGAAUCGGCCUAAUAUCCUCAUUCCUGGUGGAGGCUAGCCACGGGUGAUGAUGUGCGACUAGUGCUAGAGCCCGAAUCAUGUACUACAAAAUUACCCGAUCAUGAUGUAGAGCACCAAUUAGCAGGAGAAGUUGGACUUCAUCUGCAAUGCUCGGGGAGACAACAACCCAUACAGCAACACCAACAACCUCCGCUGGUGCCAGUACCCAACAUCUUGUAGGUUGCUCCCACAAUUCCUAUACCACUCGGAUUCUAUGCACCAGCUGCAGGGAAUCAGCAACUUCCUCCCUAUCGGCCUUAUAGCAGAACCAGGGUGGUGGCUAUCAGUAGCAGCAAGAACAACUACAAGGACCGACAGGCCAUGCUCAACCUCCACCUGACAAGUUGUCGAAGAUGGAAGAACUAAUUAAAAACUUCAUGACCACCAGUACCCAGAAGUUCAAAAAGAUUGACUAGUUCAUGGAGUUAGCUGUUGGGAAGUUUUUCAAGAUUCAAGCUGGGAAAAGGCAUCAAGUGACGAUUCUAAGGGAUUUAUCAACACAGAUAGGGAAUGUGGAUCCAUCUAUUACCAACAGACCUCAUGGUGCUUUGUCUGCGAACAUAGUUCCCAAUACUCUGCAUCCUCCAACCCAUUUAAAGGCCAUAUCUCUCAGGAGUAUGAAGCAAACUAUUGACAUUCUUACAUCUGUCAAAUGACAAAGAGAGCAUCCUAUCCAGCACUUCUAGUCUCUGGAAAGCAAGUGGAAAAGGAUGAAGAGGUGCCUACUCCAAAGUCACAACCAAUGGUGAAGGCGCAUGUCCCUCAACUUCCUGUCCCCACUCGUAUACAUGAAUACAAGCUGGAGACUGAAUUCUCCAAAUUCAUGGUGAUGCUAAAGCAAGUGCAGAUCAACCUGCCAUUUGUGGAGGCACUGUCGAAGAUGCCCAAGUAUGCUAAAUUCAUAAAGGACCUCCUCACCAAAGGGGAGAUAUUGACAGUGAUAUUGAAUGAGGUGUGUUCGGUCAUCCUGCAAAACAAACUACUUGAUAAGCGGAUAGACCCAUAGAGGUUUAUUAUUUCAUACAUCUUUGGUAGUUUACAUGUAGGGAAUUCUUUGGCAUAAUUAGGUUCUAGCAUUAACGUCAUGCCUUAUAAAAUGAUUAAGGAGCCAGGACUCGGUGAACCUAUUGCCACUAGGAUGAGAAUACUGUUAGAUGAUAGAUCGAUCGUGCAUCCUAAAGGAACUUAAAAGGAUUUGCUUGUGUCUGUGAGUGCAUUUGUUUACCCUGUUGAUUUUGUGAUUCUUGACAUUAAAGAUAAUGUGGAGGU